AGUUUCAUCUCACUCAGAUGACAAUCUGAUUAACGGUGCGCCAGAACACGCACUCAUCUGGGAUUUUCUCUUUAACUUUUCUUUUUCUUGGCUUCUCGGGCUGCUGACCUUCGCUCGCACACGGAGCCUCUCUGCUCAUCACUCGGAUCCUCCUGCGGCGCAAACCGGCGUCGGGUUCUCUCAGUCUGUGAUGGGGGCAGCGGCCGAGGUUGGGAGCUUCGUCAACGGAUUUCUGGACAGCUUUGGUCCCGCGGGCGCCGUUCCGGCUCCCGUUGGCUCUCAUUUUGUUCUCACCCCAGCCGGGGCGGUGGACUACAACUCGGUGAGCGGACUGAUGAUGGGGGGACAGGGGCAGCAGCAGGAGCACCUGGUGUCCGCGGAGAGACUGUCCCGGAGCCUGGCGGACCUGAGCCACCUCAAAGGGAUCCUGAGGCGGCGGCAGCUUUACUGCAGGACCGGCUUCCACCUGGAGAUCCAUCCCGACGGCACCGUGCAGGGAACCAGGAAGGACCACAGCAGAUUCGGUAUUCUGGAGUUCAUCAGUCUAGCUGUGGGACUGGUCAGCAUCAGAGGGGUAGACAGUGGCCUUUACCUCGCCAUGAACAGCAAAGGAGAACUGUAUGGAUCGGAGAAGCUGUCGGCGGAAUGUGUUUUCAGGGAGCAAUUUGAAGAAAACUGGUACAACACCUACUCCUCUAACAUCUACCGACAUGGAGAGAGAGGUGCAUUUUACUUUGUCGCUCUAAACAAAGAUGGGACGUCCCGGGACGGAACGAGGUCGAGGCGGCAUCAGAGGUUCACUCACUUCCUCCCGAGGCCUGUAGAUCCGGACAGAGUUCCAGACCUGUACAGAGAAAUUCUGGGCCAGAGCUGAGACUGAAGGAGCCUUAGCUUGACUCUGUCAAAGCUGGUCUGAGCUGAAAAACAAAUCAAGUGCACCUAAACUCAUCUCCCCUCUUGAGGGAGAUGGACGAUCUUGUCAAUCUGGAAAAAACAGGAUCAAAGAAAGUGCACCAAAUCAACACGCUCACCACUGCUGGCACAGCGGAAGAACCAGGCAGGUCGGGGAGUUUGACUGAACAGCACCAGGGAUCUUCUAUGAAAGACAUGAAGACCCCAAGACAGAGACACAGACUACCUGGGCCCCAAAUAUUGCCCCUUUAUUGGCCUAUGCAAAGGCCCUGGUGGCCAAAGAGAUGAUUUAUUGGAUUUCCUUUAUGUUUCUGGUAAUGAAAUCCGACUACAUGCUGGUCCAGACUGCAUGUUUAAAAGGACAAAGGUGUGGACUUGAUGGUUGAGAUCAACCACUGGCUGCUAGUAGCUUUUUCCUGCUAUGGCUGCUGAAUCUUGUCACUUCCACUGUUUUCAGUAGGCCUUUUUUAUUUUAUUCAAACAUUAUUGUGGCUGCUAUGUAAACAGUUAAUUAAAAUGCAUAUUCCACUA